CUGAGGAGACCUUUUCUACAAGUCCUUCCAUGAUCAAACGUAAGUUUAUAUUCCUUUCUUCCAAGAAAGUGUAGUGUUUACUUUGGAAUCGCUGCAUUUGCGCAUUUUGCGGCUAUGUUUAACGUUGCGCACAUGCGCAGAACCGCAUCGUUGCAAUUUUUGAUGGGUUGCAAAAUUUCUCAGAACACCGGUCCAUGAAAAAAAGAUCCAAAUAACACCGGUCCGUGGUGCAAAAAAGGUUGGGGACCCCUGCUCUAUGGCAUGGCUCCCUGAUCGCGACGGACUGCUACUGCGCUUGCGCAAACCGGCGCCGUUUUCUCCCGAGGGACGAUGGGAUACAUUGGUAUGUACGUGUUGAUUCAAAAAUGAAAAAACAAAAAACAUCCAAUGAUGAUGCCAUGGAUAGAAGUAGUGAUGGCAACUUGAAAUUGAAACUUCAAAACGUGCUCCGAACCGAUGACGUAUAUUUUCAGUGAACCACUGCUCCGGAAGUGCUCUCUCUGGACCUAUCCGGGACUUGCCGUUCUUUAGUGUUCCCUCCUCCCAACCAAACGAGCUCCUUCAAAGUAUUCCCAUCGGAUGCGAUAAAAUGAUCCUGACCGAAGGCGAACGCAAUCAAAAACAUGAAGCUAAAGAGCAGAGACGUCGAAGAUGAGAGGAAAUCCAAGCCACGACGAGCAACUGUAAAAUGAAAAUGAGGUAUCCCGCAGACUUCACUAUUAAAGAGCUUCACCCUCAGACGCACAAUCCCCUCCACGUUAAACAGGAGGAGUCGGAGAUGCCGUACAUUAAAAAGGAGGAGGAGCCAGAGACCCCCAGCAUUAAAGAAGAACAACAUGAAGAUGAAAUCACUAAGUGUCCAAUGACCGUCAGUGUGAAAAGUGAGGAAGAUGAAGGUCCAAGCAAACAGAGUGGAGCAGCGAAGCCUUUGAGCGACAGCUCAUUUCAACACCCGACGACAAAAGGAGAGGGACAAUUGCAACCUGACGGUUUGUUAGCGCCACUCUCAGACAGUGAUGACGUAACUUCACACUCUUCUGAUUUUAACACUGAUGAGGAGGACAAAGACUUUGACCAAAAUGCUUCAAAAUCCUUAAACAAUUCCUCAUUGAAAAGAGGCACAAAAGUGGUUGGGAAACCUUUUACCUGCUCACUUUGUGAUAAAACAUAUUCUAAGAAUAAUUACUUAAAAAUACACAUGUAUACACACACCAGGGAGAAGCAUUUCGCCUGCUCAUUUUGUGAUAAAAGAUUCGUUCAGAAGUCACAUUUAAACAGUCACACAAGAAUACAUACUGGAGAGAAGCCUUUUCAAUGCACAUCUUGUGGUAAACAAUUCACUGAUAAGGGAUGUUUAAACAAACACACAAAGAAUCACGCUGGAGUUAAGUCUUUUACCUGCUCACUUUGUGAUAAAACAUUUUCUCAGAAAAUUCACUUACAAAGUCACAUGUAUACACACACCGGGGAGAAGCCUUUCGCCUGCUCAUUUUGCGAUAAAAGAUUUGCUACGAAGUCACAUUUAAACGUUCACACAAGAAUACAUACUGGAGAGAAGCCUUUUCAAUGCACAUCUUGUGGUAAACAAUUCACCCAGAAGGUACGGUUAAACAGACACACAAACUCACACACCGGGGAGAAGCCUUUCACCUGUUCAUUUUGCGAUAAAAGAUUCGCUGAGAAGUCAUAUUUAAACAAUCACACAAGAACACACACUGGGGAGAAGCCUUAUCAAUGCACAUCUUGUGGUAAACAAUUCACUUAUAAGGGAUGUUUAAACAAACACACAAAGAUACACACUGGAGAGAAGUCUUUUGUCUGCACAUCUUGUGGUAAACGAUUCACCGAGAAGGGACAGUUAAGCAGACACACACUCACACACACUGGAGAAAAGCAUUUUGUCUGCACAAGUUGUGGUAAAGGAUUCACUGAGAAAAUAAAUUUGCUCAGUCACACAAGAGCACACACAGGAGAGAAGCCUUUUGCCUGCUCUCGCUGCGAUAAAAGAUUUUGCACGAAGCAAAUGUUAACAAGACACACGCAUACACACGCUGCUGAGAAGCCCUUUGCCUGCUCUCGUUGCUAUGAAAGAUUUUGUACGAAGCGAACGUUAACAAAACACAUACGCACACACACCGGGUGAAAAGGCUUUUCUCUGCACACUUUGUGGUAAAAGAUUUACCCGGAAGUAAGAUUAAAACAAUCAUUCAAAAAGACACACCCAAUUUACUUACGGCUUACUGUUUUUCACAAUUUGACAUCUGAUUGUCGAGAAUAUUUUUAUUCUUCCCUUUUUCUUGUUGUUUGUCCAGUUUCCAACCUUUUAUCUGAAUAGUUUCGGAGUAGUUUUUUAAAAAUUUGUCUUGUGUAUUGUAAUCAUUUGAAAUCUGCUUCAUUGUAGAAGGACUGGAAGGACAUUGUAGAAGGACCUAAGGCGAUCGUCUACUUCGCCUGAAUAGUAGAUCUGCCUUUGGCGAAGGGAAGCUGCUGAUGAGGCAAUACCUCCAAUAUGAUUUCGCAUCUAUACAAAAUGAAAAGUUGGUAAAAACUGUAAAUAACCGAAGCCUAAUUCUUCUGUCUACUGAACGUCUUUUGUAAUUUGCCAUUACUUUCUGUUACACUUUUAUUUUGCCGUAUUUCCUGUUCCGUGUGUUUUGCAAUGGUUGUAACUUGAAGGCGGGGCCAAAAGGAGUGAUGGCGAACUGUGAUAGUUUUGAUCUAGUCUAGUGGCCCUCUGAAAGAGGAAAAGCUCUUACGGUGAUCCUGGUGAUCGUUUUAUUUUCCAAGGUAAACAGCUUUAUUUUCUUAUGAUUCAAGGGAAGUGUUUUGCAAGGUUUGACAAUAAAAGACACCAAAUCAUCA